CAACAGAUGGAGGAAGAGGUUUACAGCCCUGAUCCUAAUGAAUAUGAAAUCUCCCUCUAUGUGAAGGCCGGCAGUGAUGGUGAGAGCAUCGGGAACUGCCCCUUCUCACAGAGACUUUUUAUGAUCCUCUGGCUAAAGGGAGUCAUCUUCAAUGUCACUACGGUGGACCUCAAGAGGAAACCUGCUGACUUACAAGACCUGGCUCCAGGAACCAAUCCACCAUUUAUGACCUUUAAUGGAGAGGUGUUGGUGGAUGUCAACAAAAUUGAGGAGUUUCUCGAAGAGAAGUUGGCACCACCACGGUAUCCAAAACUGGCUGCUAAGCACCCGGAAUCAAAUACAGCAGGAAUAGAUGUAUUUGCUAAGUUUUCUGCCUACAUCAAAAACCCUCGCAAGGAGGCAAAUGACGCUCUGGAGAAGGCUCUGCUGAAGUCAUUGAGGAGACUGGACGAAUACCUGCAGUCACCCUUAGCAGAGGAGAUAGACGAAAAUAGCGCGGAUGAUCCGGGAGUGUCUGCACGCAGCUUUCUGGAUGGACCGGACCUCACUCUUGCAGACUGUAACCUGCUUCCCAAAUUACACAUUAUCAAGGUUGUUGCCAAAAAAUAUAGGAAUUUCGAGAUUCCCGCUGACAUGACAGGAGUAUGGAGAUACCUUAAUAGCGCCUACCAGAGGGAGGAGUUCACCAACACCUGUCCAGCUGAUCGUGAAAUUGAAUUUGCCUACCUGGACGUUGCCAAAAGGAUCAAAUAA